AUUAAUGGAGAACAUUACUAUUUCAUCUCUGAAAAACGUAGACACAGGUUGUUCAAAUUUGUACAAUUGUUUUGGAGUUUAUAUGUUCGUCGGUCUCUUUUUGUCUGUAAAACUGAACUACUUUUAAUAUAAAUCAGCCACAAUUCGUUGUAUUUCAAUUCUAGAGUCAGGUUUGUAAAAUUUCAUUAUGAGUGAUGAAAGCUCAGUGAAUAGCUCAGAUUGGCAGAAUGAAGGUGAUAACAGGAGUUUGGACAGUGAAGAGGAUCUUGAUGUAUUGACAAGUCAGCUAUGUCGACUCUGUGCAGAAGCAAGUGAAGAUAUGGUUCACUGUUUUGGAGAGAGAGGAAAGGAACUUCAACUGGUUGAUAAAAUUCAUACACAUCUGCCAAUCUUGGUUACUGAAGAUGACUUACUGCCUAUUAAUGUUUGUACUUCCUGUGUCUCAAAACUGGAAAUAUGCCAUGAAUUGGUGAUCAACUGUUUGGAUGCAGAUGCCCGAUUACGGACUAUUCUAGGCUUUGAUGUAAUGCCAACUGAGGAGGAACACUAUAGGUAUACAAGACCAGAGAGUCCUAAUUCAGAUGAUUCUAGUGAAAAAACAGAACAGUCACAAGAUGAUGAUUUAAUGAAACCAGACACAAAAGCAAUUAAAGAGCAAGCACCAGAAGAAACUGAGGAAAAACUUCAAUUGGAUGAUAAUCAUAAUGCAGAACACAAAAGUGGUUCCAAACCUGAGGUUAAGGCAGGUUACAAGGUAAUUUUGCUAAAAAUGAAAAAAUCAAACACAGUGUCACCUGAUACACAGAUGCAGAAGGCUAUGAAGUUUCUGAAAACUGGAGGAAAGACUUAUAAAGUUCUCAACACAACAAACCAGAAAUCACUUAUUGUGAAGAAAACAGAAAAGGAUGAAGUUUCUGCUAAAGGAGCUCAGCUAAAGAACUUGACUACACAAUCCCAGGAAAAUGACAUCUAUACUAAACAAAAACAAUGUGUAAGAAAUGAAGAAAAGGAAGCCAAGGAGCAAACUGACAAGGGAAAAGAUAAACAAAAUGCAGACUGGGAUAAAGUAAAGUAUGAGUGCAUUUACUGUGAUGAAAAUAUAAUGGGUAAAAAGGAGUUUGUCCUGCACCAAAUUUCUGUCCAUAACAAUGAAGUAUUUGGCUGUGAAGACUGUGUUCUAGUUUAUGAGCUGAAAGAAGAUUUUGAAGAACAUGUUAAAUCCCAUCACAGUGAAAAAGCAAAUUUGACUACAGAUGAUAAAAGUUCCAGUAUCCCCAAAGACCAACCUGUAGACUGUGGUAAACGAAAAGACACAUCUGAAUUUUCUACAAAACCUGCAAAGAAAACCGCAUUUUCAGAAGAUUUUAAUUCAAAUCUGGAGCGUCCUGCGAUUGGUGAAACAGAAAAUGAAGAAGACAAGUACUGGAAGUGGAAGGUGUGGCAGUGCAAAUGGUGCAAUCAUGUGGCAACCACAAAACAAGGUUGGAGGCAACAUGUUUGUGAGCGACUACAGGAGUUUCAUUGUCCUGUCUGUGGUGAUCAGUUUGACUCUGAACAAGGACUAGAGGAGCACCAAAAUACUGUUCAUAAGGAACAAAGCAGGAAAUCUCAGAAGACUCAACAACCAAAGCAAACAGAAGAACAGAGGUUUCAGUGUGCUACCUGUGGGAAAAUGUACAAUACCUGGGCACAGUUAGUACAGCACUCACGUAUCCAUUUAGGCCAGUACAAAUGCCCCCUUUGUGACUACAGUUUUAAUCGUCAAAGCAACCUAGUCACACACAUCAAACGGCACAGAAUGGAGCAAGGCUUUACAUGCAGGGUCUGCCUUGAGACAUUUUCAAAUAGAGGAGAACUCAUAAUUCAUCGAAGGAACCACACAAGAGAGGAACUGUUGGGUGUGAAGUUGUCAUUCCCAGUGAAAAAGAUGGAAGUGGAGGAGCAAGAAGAGACAACAGAAGGGUCGACAUCUUCCCCCUACAGGUGUCCAAUAUGUUACAGAACUCUUACGACACAACAGCAAUUGGAAAGUCAUGUGGCCAUGCAUACAGACAACAGCUUUCCAUGCCACAUAUGUGGAAAGGUUUUGAGCAAGAAGAAUACUCUUGAGUACCAUCUGAGAACACACACUGGUGAGAAACCAUUCACGUGCAGGAUGUGCCCUGCAGCUUUCCAGUCUCGGGUUGGCUUGAUUGUACAUGAAAGAAUACACACAGGAGAGAAACCUUACCAAUGCGAUCAGUGUGAGAUGGCAUUCCGAUGUCGUGCAACUCUCAAUCAGCACAAGGUUGUCCACUCUGAUGAGCGGCCUUAUUGUUGCACACACUGUGGAAGAGGUUUUAGACGACGUGACACACUGGACACACAUAUUCGCACCCAUACAGAUGAGCGUCCCUAUGCCUGUCGUCUUUGUGGACGUGCCUUUAGACAGAAAGGAGACUGCAGCAAACAUGAGAAAACUCAUGGAAAACGUGCAAAGUCUCUUGUGCUACUCACUGAAGGAGAUAGUGCAGCUGUGUACAGCUGUCCAUUGUGUGGGCAAAUGUAUGAGCUGAAAGAAGAUUUGGACCACCAUUUUGAAAAUGAACAUACGCCUGAAGAGAAAGCCUCUAGUAUUGUUAUUAUUAAUUCUGACAAUGUUAUAACAAUUCCAGGCAUUGCUACUGUUGGAGAAGAAAUUCCAAGUCUUGUGCUUCAUGAACUGCAAUGAACACAAAAACACUGUUUUGAACACCUGUACAGGAAGACAUUCAUAAAGAUAAUGACUUAUUAUAAUUUACAGUGAAAUCUCAUAAGUACAAGUGUUAUAGGACAAAGAAUACAACUGUGCUAUCCUCAAGUAUACUUAGGAAAUGUUAUGAUGUCUCGUUCCUGACAACACGUUUGUGCGUCUUCAUAUAAGUGCUCCAUGUACGCUUAGCCAUAAAACACUAGGCUGGGAAAAGCAGAUGACAUUGAAAAAGGUGCAUGGACUUAACUAUUUCACAGUUGUACUCAGAUACAGAUACAUAACGUUAGUAGCCAAUAUGGAAAUAAGUGGUUUCCAAUGAGUGCUAAGAAUAUAACUGAUGGAAAGAAAUGUGACAUUGAAAAGGUUAGCAGGGAAUUGUCAAACAGAAAAAAUAUAAUUCUGAUUCAAAAGACCCAAUAAACAAACAAACAAACACACUCAUAACAC